GAAAAACAACAACAACAACAGAACAAUAAUCCUAGUAAUUUUUUCUAGUAACAUUCUAGUACUGUUUCAGGUUGUUUUGUUGUUUGUCCUGUAAUGGGAGAUUCAGCUUGUCUUAUGCAUGCCUUCUCUUAUGCUUCUGCAUUACCACCCAAUGAAGCUAAACAGGGCAACCACAUGCAUGCUCUAGGGGAGUCUAUUUCUUUUGGGAGAUUUACGACGGAGUCAUUGGCAUGGGAUAAAUGGUCUACAUUCCCUCACAAGCGUUAUGUUGAGGAAGCAGAGAGGUAUGCUCAACCAGGUUCUGUUGCUCAGAAAAAAGCUUUCUUUGAAGCUCAUUACAAGAAAAUUGCUGCCCAAAAGGCUGCAGCUUUGCUUGAGCAAGAAAAUUCCCAACAAGAUACUCUAGCUGUGGAUCCCAAUGUCAAUAGUUCCAUGGAAGGAGUUGCUGAUGUGAAGGAGAAAGAAAAUGCCGCUCCUUUAGCACAUGUAUCUUCAUUGAAACAACCCCAAGAAACAUUUUCAGGAUCAGAGCUCAGUGAAACAUCUCAUACAGAAAAACCUUUGCUGAAGCAGAGUUCCAGCUCUGAGCAAGACGAAGAUGUUACAUCUGCAACGAGCAAGAAAAAAACAGCUUUUUCUUCAUUCAAAUCAUCAGUUCACUCUAUAAAGUCUAAAAUUCCACCUUCGCCAGCUAGGCAUAACAUUUCUCGUCUUGUCAAUAAAGAAAACAAUUUCACUCCAAUCACAAAGAAUCCCACAUCAGCGUUCGCAAAUGAAAAGAAAUCAACCUCGAAAUCUUUGAGCAGAUUGAUGAAUUUUACUCCUUCCAAAGAGACAGAUAAGGUGCCUCCUCCUCUCCCUCCCACAUUCAAGAAGGAAAGUUCAAAGAUCGCUCCCAAUGCCGCGAAGAAGUGUAUAACUCCUCUAAAGACUCCUGUGGAAACUUCAGAUGGUGCAGCCAAACAUCCCAUGACAACCCCAUCUUCUGAAAAUAGAAGGAUGGAAACACCAAUUCAUCCAUCAGCCUCAGGAAGUCAAACAACCGGUCCUAAAUGGAAUAUAUUGUCAUCUGUUUGUUCCAAGUCUUUAACAGCCUGCCGUAACAAACUACAAUCGCCCUCUUUAUCGACUCCUUUUCUACUGAGGACAGAAGAAAGAGCUGCAAGAAGGAAACAAAAGCUUGAGGAGAAAUUCAAUGCAAAAGAGGUACAGAAAGUUCAGCUACAAACAAAAAUAAAGGAGAAAGCUGAAAUGGAGCUCAGGAAACUUCGACAAAGCUUUUGUUUCAGAGCUCGUCCCCUGCCUAAGUUUUACAAGGAAAGAGAAACAGCAAGAAGUCACACAAAAAAGACCCCAGUUAAACGUCCUCAGUCACCAAAACUUGGAAGAAAUCCCAGUAACAGCACAAUGCAAGACUUGGCGUCACACCCAACCUCUACAUAUUCAGGCAAGAAUUACUCUUACAAGUAUUCAGGAAAGAAGAAUUGCCCAAAACCGAUAAAUUCUCAUACCUUGUCAACAGUAAUGUCUUAUGAUCAGAACGCAUCCCCAAAUAUACAACAUCAAUUUGGAGUCAUAGAUGUAUAAUGUCUCUCAUUACAUUAAUAACAUAGCUUUAACUUGUGUUAAAGCU